AUAACUUUGUGUUUUUCAUUUUGUUGUGUGGGACAUGGUCAAACCCGAGUGGGCCGGUUCCGUCCAAUGCUUGAAUUUGCUCCUCCUUGUUAGAAGUAGUAAUUUCCAAACGUGCUUUUCCUUUCAAUUUUGUUCUAUUGCGUUUGGUUCCACCGCGAUUUUCCUUUUCAUACCCAACGAAUAUUCCAUUCCCUUCAAUAACUUAAUAACUUAAUUCCAUUUCUCUAACUCUACAAUUUUCAUUCCAAAAACCUUUCCAACGCCAAAAGCUUAAUCGUUAUUUCACGUGCAAUUAGAUUCUCACUUCUUAUUUUCCUAGUUGCACAGAAACAACAUAAUAAUCACUUAUUCUAACCGUUAAUCUCUAAAGAGUCGAUUCAACCGUUACGAAUUAGAUUUCUGAAAUGAAGAACGAUUGGUUAUCAUGGAUGGAUUCAGAUCCAAACAUGUAUCCAUUACAACCAUUCGUAUUCAAUAAUUUCUUAGGUUCUCAAUUUCUACAAUCGUUUCUUGAAAAUUCUAGAUGUUUCUACGAAAGUUCGGCUAUAGAAGAAGCAUUCGGCCACGUGUCGAAAUUCGCCGGCGCGUUGUUGUUUUUGUUUUCCGGUGGUGGAUCGAAUGUCUGCGGUGGUGGUUCUUUUCGAUUUGGCGGUGGUUCUGGUAAUGUGAAUAUGAAUAUGAAGGUUAAGCCUGUGAUUACGAAUAAUGUGGCUGGGUUUGGGUUUCCGUUUGGUUCUAGGUCGAAGAGGAAAGGUUUGGAACGUGUGAGUUUGGGGAAGAUUUCGAAUUUUGUGGUUAAGUUCUUUUGGAGUGAAGCUAAAAAAAUUCAAUCGUAUCCUAUUCUUUCGAUUGCUGCUGCAUUGGUGUUGCCAAUUCAAAAUUUGUCAUCAAAUCUACUGUCUGGGCCAAUGCAGGAUCCUGAUCUGCAAAUGAAUGAAAGCAUCGACCGGAUGCCAAAGGAUUUUGAACGUCCAGGAUGUCCUCGCCUAUCCAUUUCCGAGUUGAACCUAGCAAACUCUGCUGUGGAGCCUAAAACUGGCAUUGAAUUUCCUGUGGUUCUGGAUAAUUUAUCAGAUGGGGGGCAGAAUUCUAGCUUUAACUCAGAGGUCCUUGUUGGAACAGGAUACAAAAACAUGACAAUUGUUAAAAUCAAGACGCUGAAAGUAUAUGCUUUUGGAUUUUAUGUUCACCCGUACUCCCUCUGUGAGAAGUUGGGCCCAAAAUAUGCAUCAAUUUCUGCAGAUGAACUGGAUAACCAUAAUGAUUUCUACCAGGAUCUUCUCAGGGAAGAUAUCAAUAUGACUGUUAGGCUUGUCGUAAAUUACAAAGGAAUGAAAAUUAACAAUGUGAAAGAUGCUUUUGAAAAAUCACUUAGAGCUCGAUUAGUUAAGACAAAUCCAUCCACAGACUUUAAUUGCCUUUGGACAUUUGGUUCGUACUUUACGGAGAAUAUCUCGAUACCUUUGGGAACCGUUAUUGAGUUUAAGCGAACAGUUGAUGGGCGUCUGAUUACUGAAAUUGGUGGCAAUCACAUUGGAAGUGUCCACAGCAAAGAUUUGUGUCGGGCUUUCUUUGGCAUGUACAUUGGAGAUCUCCCUGUUUGCGAACAAACUAAGAAAGAGAUUGGCAUGAACAUCGCAAAUAUUAUUAGGAAUUGUUGAAAUGGUUCAUUUUCUUUCCAAUUGCCCUGCUUUUUAGAAUGGACAAUUGGAGGGUGGCAUGGCUUGAAUUCCCCCACCCUAUAGCACAGAAGCAGUUGUAUCAUGAAUUUGAUUACAAUCUGCUUUAAAAUUGACCGGAGUUACUUUUCAAGGUUUGUCCUUUGAAUCAUAGAAGUCAUUAGGAUAGCUCAAGUUAGAUUUCUGUUAGAAAUUUUAUUCAUUACCGAUGAUAAGCAUCGCUUUGAUGCCUCUAUCCCUGUCAGAUGUAUAAUCUUAUUUUAGAGAACGAAAGGAAAAAAAGUUGCAGAUUAGAAUAUUAAUGUCAGUUUGAUCAA